CAGUCACAUACAAAAGUAGCAAAGAAGUCAGUGUGCAAGAUACUGUAGGAAGCAGACAAUGGCUCUAAAAGCAGACUCCUAUGUGGUUCUGAACGAUGGGCACAAGAUGCCAGUGAUCGGGUUCGGUACCUAUGCCCCGGAACAGUACACUAAAGAACAGGCAGGGGAGGCUACAAAGGUGGCCAUCGAUGUUGGCUAUCGUCAUAUUGACUGUGCUUUCAUCUAUGGCAACGAGGUGGAAGUUGGGCGGGCUAUCAAUGCAAAGAUUGCUGAUGGAACGGUGAAGCGAGAGGACAUUUUCUACACUGGAAAGCUGUGGAGUAAUAAUCAUGCCCCAGAAAGGGUCCGUCCGGCUCUGGAGAGCUCUCUAAAGGAUCUUGGACUAGAUUACAUGGAUCUUUUCAUAAUCCACACCCCUGUGGAAUUUAAGCCUGGAGAUGAUCCAUUUCCCAAAGACGAAAAUGAAAAAUUAAUUUUUCACAACACCGAUAUCCGGGAUACCUGGAAGGCUUUGGAAGCUUGUAAAGAUGCCGGACUGGUCAGAUCAAUCGGAGUGUCUAACUUUAAUCGCAAACAACUGGAGCUGAUCCUCAGUGCACCGGGACUGAAGUAUAAACCUGUCUGUAACCAGGUGGAGUGUCACAUAUUCUUUAAUCAGGGCAAGCUGCUGGAAUUCUGCAAAUCCAAAGACAUUGUGCUGGUUGGGUACAGCGUCCUGGGCUCAAGCAGAGCUGAGGGCUGGAUAGAUCAAAACUCACCCCAAGUGCUGGAAGAUCCUGUUCUCAAUGAAGUGGCGAAGAAGGUUGGACGGUCUGCAGCGCAGGUGGCGAUGCGUUAUCUACUGCAGAGAGGGAUUGUUGUCCUCGCAAAGAGCUUUACUGCAGAGAGAAUCAAACAAAACUUCCAGCUCUUUGACUUUCAGCUGAGUGCCGAAGACAUACAAAGAUUGGAUGGCAUUAACAAAAACAUGCGAUACUUGAGCAUUGAUAGCUGGAAGGAAUCUCCUAAAUACCCCUAUGAUGAUGAGUAAUAAAGCACUAAGUUUUCCAUCCUGACACCACAAUGCCUGGAGCCCUCCUCUCUGACAUUGGUUGGAUGCGUUUGUUUUUCCAGUGCGAGACAAUGAUGAUACAAUGUGCUGUGAUGUCACACUGCGCAGACUGAUGGUUAUAAUGAGAUGAUACAUGAGAGAGUUGAAUUGAUUGUGUUAUACAUUUGGGCUUUUCAAGUGUUGGAGUUUUAGCAUUGAAAUAAAGCUUUUGCUUGCCAGAGA